CUUUUUUUUAUCAAAUGGAUACUAUAGAUACAUUGAAAAUAGCGUUCCUUGAAUUCAUAAACAAACUAAAUCCCCUAUUGCCUGAUUAGUUACAUUCUAUUGUUUUAGCAUUCAAAGAAUAAUUAUACUCAAAAACACCUUCAGACUUGUAUGAUUUUGUUUAGCAAAUCCCUGAACUCAAGAAAAGUGAUUCAUCAUGUAACACAUCUCCAGAACCACUUCUAAAUAAGGUAGCAUCUCAUGGUUACAAUCCACUUUCGGUGUGCUCAUAAAAAGAUUCCGAUGACAAGAGUUAAAGUUCAUAUUCAGCUGAAAAAUACUAAUAAUUGAAAAUAGGUAUUAUAAGAUUUAAUGUAGAAAUCAAUAAAAAUUUCUUUCUCAAACCUACUACAAAGUUCAAUGCUAAUACAUAAAAUAAAAUUUCAAGAAAUGUAGACAUAGAAGCUAAGGUACAAAGAGAAAAUAUUAAAUGUAAAACUAUAUAUAAUUUCUAUUAUAGUGGUUGACACUUUAAGGGAGAUGCCAAAAUUAAAUAGAGUUUGUUUUGCUGAAAGAACAGGCUUAAUAAGCUAAAUUUCAGAAGCCUUGAAUUAAUUCAAAAAGGAUUGCAUUACAAUCAAUACAGUUUAUGAGAAAAGCUCUGAAAUCAGUACUCCUCAAACUCCUAAUGAUAUGAGGGUUGGUCAAUAAUAAUACUUCUAUGUAAAAAUAAAUUUAAUUAAUUUUAGUAUUAACAAUUUCCACAAUAACCAGCAUGUCAAUUCAAAGGAUAUAGUGUCUAUUCCAAGACAGGUUUCAUGUAACCAAUUCAAUUUGAUAUGCAGUUCUAAUUGAUGCAACAGCAAUUUUAAAAUCAAUUAAUCUAUAAGAAAUUAUACUUUUGAUUAAAUAAUAUAUAUU